UAACCAAAACCCUGGCCAUGUCGCUGGAAAAGAAGCAGAAGGUGAUGUUCACCUUAUGCCUAGUCUUCGGACUAUGGCACUUUGCAACUCAAUGGACCACAACACUGCUCUCCUUCCUCCAAUGGGACACCGAAGAAGUGAUGACAAUCACCGAUCUCGGCUACAUUCAAGCAUUUGGCUCACUGUGCAACGCGUUUGGAGCAUUGGCCGCCGGACAGCUCGCUGAUACGCUUGGUGCUCAAUCAAUGUUCCUUUUAUCCGCUGUUUUCACAGCGAUCUACUAUUCGGGAAUCUCGUUGGCGAGAUCUUGGUACGCAUUCUUCUUCCUUCAAAUCCUGAGGUUCGGAUAUCAAUUGGAUGGAACUGCCGAGAUGUAUUUGGCAACUGUGACAACGGAAAGUGAACGAACAAGUGCUCUCAUGAGAUUGACCAUUCCACAGGCCAUCGCAAUGUUCUUCGGUCCAAUUGUGGGCUCCAAGGUCGCCGCGUGGACUUCCCUCCGAACCUCCCAAUUCAUCGUCGGAUUCGUGUUGGCCGGUACCAUGAUCCCAGUCGUCAUGUUCUUGCUUCCAACCACCCACUCAAUCCCCCGUCUCGCAUCGGCUCGUCUCCGUCCACAAGACUAUUGGCAUAUGAUUUCAAAGAACUCGGCUCUCAAGGAGGGUCUCCUCAUCCGUGCUCUUCUCAUCUCGGCCUACGUCUGCUAUGAGAUGAUCUCGCGUAAUUUCUUGCUCAGAAACUUUAUGCACAACACCAACGAGAGUGCCUACGUGCUUCUGACAAUGUCGGCUUCUCUGCUUGCCGUUCAGUUCAUCGUCAUGCCAAUUGUUCAGCGAACUGCCAGUCCGAAGAGACUUCUGCAGGUUUCUCUGGUGGCUCUUUUCGGAAGUUAUUUGGCUGCCGCUUUUGCCAACAGCUUCGAGCAAAUGCUCAUGAUCACCGCAGUUCAGACAGCAGCAUAUGCUGUUGCUUAUGCUGAAUCUUCAACACAGAUUACCACUGCCGUCGAGCUCACCGACCUCGGAAAAGCCACCGGGCUCGCCUCAAUGGUCCAAUGGCUCACCCACUUCAUUUUGCCAAUCUAUGCUUCACAGCUCGUGGAGCAUCUUCAUUACACCUUCGCUUUCUACACUUCUGCACUUCUUUCCGUCUUCUUAUUCGCCUACAUUUCCGUUUAUGGAAAAGAAACACCGAAUAGGUCGGGAACUCUGUUGCCAUCACUUUCCGCAACCAAUUAUUAAGGUUUUUUUUUUGUAAAUCAAAAUUUUUUUUUUAAUUUUUAAUUUAACUUAUUAAUAUAAACUUCCCAACGGGCCCCCCCUCCAACACUCAAAUUGCCUUGUUUUUUUUUUAAAUUUUUUGUUGUACUUUUUCAAUUUAAAAAUCGUUUAAAAUUGAAUAAAGGAUGUAGAUUUU